AUGGAACAAUCUUGGGAGAGGGAGAGAUUGCAAAAGACUGAAGAGAGGACAUGGGCUUCCACUACUUUGGUGGAAGAGCUGAAGAAGGUGAGCUGCAUGGCAGCUCCCAUGGUGGUGGUGAUGGUGUCACUAUGUCUGUUGCAGGUUGUUUCGCUAAUGAUGGCAGGUCACCUUGGUGAAUUGUCUCUGUCAGCCGUCUCCAUCGGUGGAUCUUUUGCUACUGUCACUGGCUUUAGUCUCCUAUUUGGAUUGACAGGAGGCUUAGAAACUCUAUGCGGGCAAGCAUAUGGAGCAGAGCAAUACCAAAAGCUUGGAACCUAUACAUACUGUGCAAUCAUCUCUCUCAUUCCAAUAUGCAUUCCUGUAUCUAUCCUUUGGAUAUUCAUGGACAGGAUAUUGAUAGAAAUAGGCCAAGACCCUGAAAUCUCAACGGUAGCCUGCCAAUAUGCUAUUUGUCUCAUUCCUGCAUUAUUUGCCGACGCAAUUCUUCAGUCACUACUUCGUUACUUCCAGUCCAUGAACUUGAUUCUACCAAUGCUUUUAAGCACUGGCGUGACGUUAUUUUUCCACAUACCCCUUUGCUGGGCUCUAAUAUUUAAAUGGAAACUAGGAGUCAAAGGAGCAGCUUUAGCCAUUGAUGUGUCUUACUGGUUGAAUGUGAUCUUCCUUGGACUUUAUAUGGGGUUUUCUUCAUCCUGCAAAAAAACCCGUGUCAUCAACUGGAAUGAUAUUUUCUCUAGCAUUAAGGAGUUCUUUUGCUUUGCGCUCCCUUCUGCUGUAAUGGUUUGUCUUGAAUGGUGGACCUUUGAGCUACUUCUAUUGCUGGCUGGGCUUCUGCCAAAUUCACAGCUUGAAACAUCUGUUCUUUCUAUCUGCCUCACAACAAUAUCAUUGCACUUCUAUUUACAAAGUGGGAUUGCAGCUGCUGGAAGUGCUCAGGUUUCAAAUAAGUUAGGAGCAGGAAAUCACGAGGCAGUUCAAGUGGUUAUUCGUGCAGUACUGAAAAUUUCCCUCAUAGAGGCAGUUAUUGUGAGCACAAAUCUCUUCUGCUACCGCAAUGUUUUCGGAUAUGCUUUUAGCAAUGAAAGGGUGGUUGUGGACUACGUAACUGAACUGGCUCCGCUGCUUUGUCUCUCAAUUGUAGCAGAUAGCUUGCAAACAGUACUUUCCGGAAUUGCUAGAGGAUGUGGGUGGCAGCACAUAGGGGCCUAUAUUAACCUUGGAGCAUAUUAUUUUGUUGGAAUUCCAGUAGCUGUUCUACUGUGCUUCGUUCUCCAUCUCGGAGGGAAAGGCCUUUGGAUUGGGAUACUAACUGGGAAUAUUGUGCAAGCAACAUUACUUGCUCUCAUAACUGGUUUUACAGAUUGGGAAAAACAGGCAACCAAGGCAAGGGAGAGGAUCUUUGAGGGGACAUUUUCGGCUGAUAAUGGAUUACCUUGAAUAUUACACGGAAGUAUCAGUGGCUCGGGGAGAAAAUUGAUCGAUCCAUUUAGAUGCUUAUAUGCGCACCCCCUCAUUCUCCUUGCAAGAAAAUGUGGUAGAGGUUCUUGCAAU